CAUAGAGACACUUUGCAUCUUGUGCAGCUGAGAAGAGGAGCACGAAUUCAAGGGAGGUAUUUUCCUGCUAGCAUUGCCAUCCGGGGUGGGAGCGUUAGCAUCACCGAGGGAAAUAGAUGUCUGGCUCUUUGUCCUCUGCUGUUUGUGACAAAGGAAUUCCCAUCUGAGUCGCCGGGCUGUGUCCGAGCCCCCUGCGAGCCUCUGGGUUAGCAGCAGUCGGUCUUUGCAGUGUCCUGACGUCAUCCCGUGUGUGCCUGAGCUCCGCUAUUGUCUUAGGCGAGCCGGGCUGGGGAUUGCAGUAUCUGCUGCUGAUGCCUCUUUCUGCCUGCCGCUAUCGCAGAGGGGACAACGGCCUGCCCUUAUCGCUCGGAUUUAAAACAGAGCCUCCUGCUUUUUGCUUCCUGUAGAAGGACCUUCACUGCGGUUGCAAGGAAAAGCUGUCUGCGGUGUUGAGCGGAGGAGAGAGGAGAAUCUGGCAGCUUGGAUAGCCUGGACUGCAUUGUCUGGCUUCGUGACCCCUGCUGUGUAGCAGUCUCAUCCCCUCUCUCAUACGCUCCCUCUGUCUUCCACUCUUUUUUCUUCUUUCCUUUUUAAAAUAGCAGCAUCUGGGGUGAGCCAUGUUUGGCACUGAAUCGUCAUUGAGUAUGUUUUUGAACACAUUAACCCCCAAGUUCUACGUUGCCCUGACAGGCACAUCCUCAUUAAUCUCAGGACUUAUUUUGAUCUUCGAGUGGUGGUACUUCCGCAAGUACGGCACCUCCUUCAUCGAGCAGGUCUCGGUGAGCCACCUGCGCCCCCUGCUGGGCGGGGUGGACAGCAGCGCGCCCAGCGCGGCCGGCGCCGCCGGCGGGGACGCGGACUCGAGCCGCCAGAGCGUCUCAGAAUGCAAAGUCUGGCGAAAUCCUUUAAAUCUGUUCAGAGGAGCUGAAUAUAAUCGGUAUACAUGGGUAACAGGAAGAGAACCUUUGACUUACUACGAUAUGAAUCUUUCAGCACAGGACCAUCAGACAUUCUUUACAUGUGACACAGAUCAUUUGCGGCCUGCAGAUGCUAUAAUGCAAAAAGCCUGGAGAGAGAGAAACCCUCAAGCCCGAAUUUCUGCAGCACAUGAAGCUUUGGAAUUGAAUGAGUGUGCUACUGCUUAUAUUCUCUUAGCCGAAGAGGAAGCAACAACAAUUGUAGAAGCAGAGAAGCUGUUCAAGCAGGCUCUGAAAGCUGGAGAGGGCUGUUACAGGCGCAGUCAGCAGCUACAGCACCAUGGUGCCCAAUAUGAAGCCCAACACAGAAGGGACACCAAUGUGUUAGUCUAUAUUAAAAGAAGGCUGGCAAUGUGUGCAAGAAAACUGGGAAGGACCAGGGAAGCAGUGAAAAUGAUGAGAGAUUUGAUGAAGGAGUUUCCCCUGCUCAGCAUGUUCAACAUCCACGAAAACCUGCUAGAGGCUUUGUUGGAACUGCAAGCAUAUGCAGAUGUCCAGGCAGUCUUAGCAAAGUAUGAUGAUAUAAGUUUACCAAAAUCAGCAACAAUAUGCUACACAGCUGCAUUGCUCAAAGCCAGAGCUGUCUCUGACAAAUUUUCUCCAGAGGCUGCCUCAAGGCGAGGGCUGAGUACUGCAGAGAUGAAUGCAGUAGAAGCUAUUCACAGAGCAGUAGAAUUUAAUCCACAUGUGCCAAAAUAUCUACUAGAAAUGAAAAGCCUAAUUCUGCCCCCUGAACAUAUUCUGAAGAGAGGGGACAGUGAAGCAAUAGCAUAUGCUUUCUUUCAUCUUCAGCACUGGAAAAGAGUAGAGGGGGCAUUAAACCUCUUACACUGUACAUGGGAAGGCACUUUCAGAAUGAUCCCCUAUCCACUGGAAAAAGGACAUCUUUUCUACCCUUACCCUAUUUGUACAGAAACUGCAGAUAGAGAACUACUACCAUCAUUUCAUGAGGUUUCAGUUUAUCCCAAGAAAGAGCUUCCCUUCUUCAUCCUCUUCACUGCUGGACUCUGUUCUUUCACAGCCAUGCUCGCCCUCCUGACACAUCAGUUCCCAGAGCUCAUGGGGGUCUUCGCAAAAGCUUUUCUCAGCACCCUCUUUGCCCCUUUAAAUUUUGUGAUGGAGAAAGUAGAAAGUAUCCUGCCCUCCAGCCUGUGGCACCAGCUGACAAGGAUCUGAGGGAGCAUGCCUGCUGACUGACUGCUAUGACAUCUUCUGUGCCAACUUUUUGUUGACCACAGGAAAGCAUGAUAAAAAAGGGAAGCAGUUAUAAGACUUAAAAACUCUUCAUGGAUUGUCUGUUCUCAUAUAAAACCUGUUUUGUUGUACAAAAUACAUUGAUGUUAGGUUCUAUUAUAUUUUGCCUUCAGAAAAGAAAAAAAUAAACUUUUGUGUAUUGUAGCA